AUGAUCUUUUUGGGUCUUAGCUCAUGUUAUCUUCUAUAUUUGCAUAUUAGAACACACGCUAUCAGGAGAGCUCAUGAGAAUAUUGAUAAGACAUUGAAGGCAUCAGAAGUUAUAUUGUCUCAAUUUGAUAUUUCUCGUCAGGUAGAGUCUAAGAUACUUAGAAGUCCGCAUGAAGACUUGGAAAGCUACCUUGAAGCGAUCCAACAACUAAAGAGCAAUAUUAGCUUCUUCAGCAACAACAAAAGUUUUAAGAGCAGUAAUGGUGUAAUUAAUCAUUCAAAUAAUUUACUUGCUAAAGCUCUAUCAAAGUUAGAACAAGAAUUUGAGCAAAUCAUGUCAUCUUAUAGCAAACCUGUGGAACCUGAACGCCUUUUUGAGUGCCUUCCAAGUUCAUUAAAACCAUCCUCUAAGUCACCAGAUAAUGAAGGAAAUUCAGGUGGCAAACAUCAUUUUGGUCAUGAGCAGUAUCACAACGCUGAAUUAGAGGAUGCAGUUUACACAACGCCUGUUCUCAUUCCACCAAGAACUUUACCGCUAUUGCACAACCUAGCCCAACAAAUAUUUGAUGCCAGAUUGCUAUCAAGAAAAUGAAGAGAAAAUAUAACUCUUAGAAGAAUGUCU